AUGACGAGCCCCCCGGUGGGCUUCUUUACGUCCGCCGUCUUCACUCACCAUGCCUUGCAGUGGCUGUGGAACUACACAGUCGAGUUCCAUCCACCGCGGUGGUGGCUGGCGGGGCGGUGGCACGCUGUCAAGCCACAGCAGCUGGUCUACGCCCCCCUGGCGUGGCGGCCGUACAAGAGUGCUCGUCCACCCCGCGGCCGCGCCUUUCAGCAUACAUUCAAAGAAGUAACUGCAUCUCCUCUUGAUGCUGUGCAGAAGCGUCGCACGGCACGGCGGUCCUAUCUCUCGCAUGUGUCGCAAGUCGUCUACACGGCCCUGGCUUCCGACGACUCGGCACCGGACGUGCCUACCAUGUACCGCAUUCUCGAUCUCGUCGACUCGUGCAUGUACACAGUCACGUCGCAUGAAGAACACACACAGCUGCGCCGGUUUGUCGGAGAGCGUCUGUGGCCAUACCGCGCGUCAGAGACUAUGGCCAUCGAACUCCUAGCUCUGCGGGGCGAUACAUCCGCGGCCCUCACCCAACUUGACGCACUUCUCGCGCAUCAUGCGCCGCAAAUGCGUGCAUUGCAGGCCCAAUCCCUUCGUGGCCAACAUACCCGUCAGCGCCAAAAAGAUCCGGUCGUGGACGACUUGUAUCGCGCCGCCAGCGCUGUGCUUUCGUCCCUCGAAACGGCCUGUAUCCACGCCAAGGCUGCCGCAGCGCCGUACGAGGAUACGAUCGCGACACACUUUGCCACGUGGCUGUGGACACAUCCCCGGCUCCUAGCAAUGGCGCAGCCGCCGUUCCCGCGCGUCGUCAAGGCUGUGUACACGCUCUUGUCAUCAGUGUCGGACGCGCGCGCACAACUCGAGCGGAUCGCAUCCUUGCCUUGUUCGGCAGAUGCGCGCUCUCACCUGGCCAGUGUCCUUUGCUUGGCAUUUGCCAACCGAGGCGCGGCGCAGCAGAGCGCCCAGCUCAUGGCUGAUGUGCUGGCACACGGACUCGUGCCUCAUGAGGGUGCGAUGCGCCGCGUGCUACGCACGGCUGCACCCCUGCGCGAGCGCAAUGUGGUGCAGCCUCUAGUCGAGUGGCUCGUCGUUCAUGGCACGUCGACAGCAUCGUUUCGGUGGCUCGCUACGUACUAUGCUGAGCUGGGCGAUGCGGAGUCGAUGGAGCGUAUGCUCAAGCACGAGCCAGAGGAUGUCGUGCGCGAUCGCGCACGCCUUAUCUGUGCGGCGAGUCGCGGCGACGUGCCUGCAGUGCGCUCCUAUACCGGCCCAGGUGCGCCUCGCACCGAAGAACACGCGUUUUGGCUGCUCCGUGCCUUGGUCCGCCACAACGACGUGUGUGGAGCACGUGAUGUGUUCUGGGAAGCGACGCAGCGCUUUGCCUCGGAGCGCCUGUAUGGCGAGAUGGCUCGGAUGACCGCGCGGCUCGGACGUACGGCGGAUGCCUUGGACGUCGCCGCUCAGCUGCAGGGUGCGGGUAUGGCAUGCUCCGUGAGCACUUUGACGUACCUUGUGCAAGCGCUGGGCCAUGCAUGCCUGCCAGAACGGGCGGCCGCGCUCAUUGCGUGGCAGCGGGCGCAGGGCAUGCGGCCGCCACUGCGCGUGUAUACCGCGCUUAUGACGGCGUAUAUCCGCGCUGGACACUAUGUGGCUGCGCAGGGCAUUUUUGCGUGGCUUGAAAAGCAGCCCGAGGCUGCGCUGCGGCCUAACACGAGCGCGUACAAUACUUUGCUCAAGGCGUGUGUCCACAAAGGCACGCCGGUCAAGUACAUUGUGCCAUUCUUGCUGGAUAUGCGCCGUCGUGGCCUCGUGCCAGACGCGCGCACGUAUGCCCUCGUCAUGCAGAGUGCAUGCGAUAGCGGACGCGUGCUCCUCGCCGAACACCUCUUCCAACUGGCCGACGACACACUCACGGGUGGUGCGACAUUGGCGCUGCACACGAUUCUCUUGCAUGCGUAUUUGCGUCACAACAACCACGAACGUGCACGUGCGAUGAUCGAUCAGCUUGAACACCGUGGCAUUCAGCCGUCGCAUAUCACACACGCGAUCCUCGUGCACAGCUAUGCCCACGGGACCGAAUCGCACUUGGCCAUGGCGCAUCAGCUUGUCAUGCGUCUGCUGGACGAGCCGCAGGAACGGACGUGGGAGGUGCCGGUGCUUGAGCAGGGCAUGCGCUGGCAUCAUCUUCUCGUGCCACUUAUUGAUGCGCACGGCAAACGCGGUGAUGUGUGGGAGGCUGAGCGGCUGUUCCGCCGCCUCGUGGACAGCGGCGAGCCAUUGUCUCCACAGGCGCUCACCGUGCUUAUGAAUGCCUAUCGCGCCGUGGGCGACGUGAACCAAGUCUUGCGUCUGUGGGACGAGCUGUACGCUACGCUGGUGAUGCGGGCUGCUUCCGACGCUGCUGCGGCUGAUAUGCUGGCAGGCCAAGCCACCGGCACGCCGAGCAUCGGGCCGUUCCAGCGCAAUAUGCUCUGUAUUCCCUUGUCGCUCGCUAUCGACACGGCCUCGCGGGCCGGGCGCCACGAGCGUGUGGCCGAAAUAUGGACGCGUGCUAAGCGCGACGGCCUGUCGUUUGACGUGCACAACUACAAUCAUUUAUGCCGCGCGCUUGUGCGGGCAGAUCGCCUCGGUGACGCGCUGCGCAUCGUCGAACAGGUCCUGCCCGAUGCGCCGCCCAAGUCGCAGCAGACCGUGGUGACGGACGACGAGGCGGUGCGUCUGUAUGCUGCGGACCCCUUAUACCAAUUCGCCUCUGUCGACGAUGGACGCACACCCGGGCCCACGGACCCGCCCAACCGACGCAUGGAUCGGGCCAUGCCGGUGGCCCAAAUGGACGAACCUGCACGGGACAUGGUGCACCAUGCGAAUCUUCGUGCGCCGCGUGACUCGUGGUUCGCCUCGCUUCGCACGAUGCGCGCGAUUCACGAGGCGCUCGAAAAGCAGCGGCACUUGCGCGAUGCACUCCUGGCCGCGUUUCCCCGCGCCGCACAGCGCCUCGAGGCCUGCCGACCCUACUGGGAGGCCUCGCCCUCUGUAUAG